AUGGCGUCCACCGCGAGCACGUCGCAGGGUCAGCAGGGCAAGGCUCAAGUGCCCGCUGUAGAAACCAUAAAAGGCAAGCCGUUACUCUUCAGGCUGAUCGCAAUCAACGCCGCCGCAGUCGAGAUUUGCAACCUCAACAAGCGGCUCGUAGUUUCAUCGGGACUGGACGGGCUCGAGGCCGUAACCAAGCUGCCAGACAUGGCGAUUGGCGUGUCGCGGGAGUGGCAGUCGGCACGGGCGGGUGUGCUACUGUCGUUUGGGCGAGACAGGACGGUAACAGACGUCCACCUCCCCGAGACAGUCCUGACCUCUCUUUCCGCCCGCUUGCUUGCGAGCAGCAACCUUCCGGCCCUGCCCUUCCUGUACGGCGCGCAUCACUGCAGCCUCGUCCUGGCCGCCUCUGCCAGCAGCAGCGAGGUCCUACUCGUUGACGAGAUGCCCGUCCCGAAGAACAGCAGCAAGAACAACCCGGCGCCGCAGCCGCACACCGAACUCGUACAUUAUACCAACAACGGCAAGUCCUCCGCGACCGUUGCGUGGCUGCCAGCAGGUAUCCACCGCCGCCUCGUGGUUCCGCAGACGAGAGACCUCGAAUCGCACACGAUUUUGUUCAUCGAGGAUGCCGAGUUCUGGUUGCUGUGGGAGGUCCAUAGCCCAACGACGGCGACUGUGAGCGCGAAGCCAGCAAUAGCAACAGCAAUGGCAACGCAAGACUUAGCACAGAAGGUAAUGGUGCUGGUUAUCAGGUCACGGAGAUCGCGAAGCAUUUAA